AUGAAUCACAUCCAGACGGGGACGCCGCCUCGUCAUCGUCCUCCUCGGUGGACCCUCUCCUGGCACUCCGCACCUGGCGCCGGGACUCCAGCACCACCACCUCCUCCCCCCCCCAUCCUCCCCGGCCUCCAGCAACGUCUCCCGCAGGAAGCGCCGCGUGCAGCGGCCGACGUCCCCCUCUCCGUCGCCACCACCACCACCACCGGAGGACGUCGACCCGGACGACACCGGGGCCCCGGACCACAUUGCCCGCCCUGUCGCCCGGCGUCCUGUUGCCGGGGGCGUUGGGGACGGGGGCGCCGUGACACUGCGUCCGCGUCAGCGCACGGUACCGCCGCCACUGCCGCAGUUCGCGCCGGUCUCCGACCGGCGAGUGAGGCGGCCGGUAGAGCGAUAUCAGGCGCCCGCCGACUCGGUGCCCCGCCGCCCUCGUCUGCCGCCCCCCAGCAGGCGUCCGCGUCAGCGGGCCGACGUCCGGGGGCUCCGGACCGUCCGGAGCAGAUCCAGACGGGGACGCCGCCUCGUCAUCGUCCUCCUCGGUGGACCCUCUCCUGGCACUCCGCACCUGGCGCCGGGACUCCAGCACCACCACCUCCUCCCCCGCCCCAUCCUCCCCGGCCUCCAGCAACGUCUCCCGCAGGAAGCGCCGCGUGCAGCGGCCGACGUCCCCCUCUCCGUCGCCACCACCACCACCACCGGAGGACGUCGACCCGGACGACACCGGGGCCCCUAUUUGGUCAUGUUAAUGCUAAUUUACUAAAAAAUAUGAGUGUUAACAAUAGUGUCAAAGCCCCGGACCACAUUGCCCGCCCUGUCGCCCGGCGUCCUGUUGCCGGGGGCGUUGGGGACGGGGGCGCCGUGACACUGCGUCCGCGUCAGCGCACGGUACCGCCGCCACUGCCGCAGUUCGCGCCGGUCUCCGACCGGCGAGUGAGGCGGCCGGUAGAGCGAUAUCAGGCGCCCGCCGACUCGGUGCCCCGCCGCCCUCGUCUGCCGCCCCCCAGCAGGCGUCCGCGUCAGCGGGCCGACGUCCGGAGCAGAUCCAGACGGGGACGCCGCCUCGUCAUCGUCCUCCUCGGUGGACCCUCUCCUGGCACUCCGCACCUGGCGCCGGGACUCCAGCACCACCACCUCCUCCCCCGCCCCAUCCUCCCCGGCCUCCAGCAACGUCUCCCGCAGGAAGCGCCGCGUGCAGCGGCCGACGUCCCCCUCUCCGUCGCCACCACCACCACCACCGGAGGACGUCGACCCGGACGACACCGGGGCCCCGGACCACAUUGCCCGCCCUGUCGCCCGGCGUCCUGUUGCCGGGGGCGUUGGGGACGGGGGCGCCGUGACACUGCGUCCGCGUCAGCGCACGGUACCGCCGCCACUGCCGCAGUUCGCGCCGGUCUCCGACCGGCGAGUGAGGCGGCCGGUAGAGCGAUAUCAGGCGCCCGCCGACUCGGUGCCCCGCCGCCCUCGUCUGCCGCCCCCCAGCAGGCGUCCGCGUCAGCGGGCCGACGUCCGGGGGCUCCGGACCGUCCGGAGCAGGUAAGUGGCUUCCGUACCUGCUCCGCGGGGGAUUCCUUCGAUCGACCCGGACUCUUUUAGCAUUUGGACAAGUAGCCAUUUUAGCAGUGGGUCAUAGUGAGGAGUGCAGGAAGUUGGUAGUAAACCCAACUUUUCAUCUAUAUGAAAACAAUGUCGUUCAAUGUCAUUCUUCUAAUGAGGUUAGUUCAAAUUGAGAUUUCAGCUUCGAAAGCUUGAUGAAUUGCUUGCCGGCGACAUUAAAAAAUCUUCCGACCCCUCUGCAUCAGUAAAAUCCUCAAAAAAGUUAAACAGAGAAACUUCUGGAAAAAAUGUAGUGGGUUUACACAUUUGGGGGCCCCUUUGUAUCUCACAGAACUGUGUAAAACAUGAAUCACGUAUAUUUUUGAAUCCCUAUAUCAGCGGGGCCACAUUGGUAAUGAGAAAAUGUAAUCCCCACAGUUAUUGAAACUUAUUAUCCAAGUCCAUCGUAUGAAGUUUAAAAGCACACAAAGAAGUUUUUUAUUCAGUUUUGCCUAGAGAGAUACUAGAACUAGAAACAAGAUCAGUGUUUUUUCUCAGGGUUGGG